AUGACAUUAAUAUGUGGAAUACCAUAUAUGUUCCUGAUGGUUAUGUGUGUGAAUAAAUUAUAUGCCUUUUAUGCAUAUACAUUUGAUGAAAGACAUCAAAGAAAUUUGUAUACAUCAGAAUGUUUAAUUAAAAAUAAGGAAUCAUAUUCCUUAGAAAAAAAUGACUCUUCAACAAUAGAUAAUUAUUAUAAGUCUAUUAAGAAUGCACCUUAUAUUGAUGAAGAUAUAGUAGAUAAUUAUAAGGAUGAAUUAGAAGAAUUAAUUGAAAUAAAUAAAAAUGAUACAUUAAAUGAUUUGAAAAGAUUAGAUGAAUUUCAUAAUAUAAAUGAAUCACAUAAUAGAGAAGGGAGUGAAAGUAAAUAUGUUUCAAAUAUAUCAGAAAAGGAAAUGACGAAUCAAGAUAAUUGUAGAAAAUCUUCGCAUAAUAAAAAGAGAGGAUAUUCUUUAGAAAAAGAAUUAGAAAAAUUAUAUAGAAUUGCAUUAAAUAAUAGUAAUUUAAAUAAUAAUAAAAAAAAAGAAAAACAUAAUAAAAAUUUAAAAGAUACAAAUAUAGAUAAUGAUACAAAUAUAUGUGUUGAUUACACAUAUUAUGAUAUAUUAAAUAUAAAUGCGAAUUCUAAUUUAGAAGAAAUUAAAGAAAAAUAUUAUGAAGUAGCUUCAAAAUAUCAUCCUGAAAAAAAUAUUGGAAAUGAUAAAGCUUUUAAAAAUUUUGAACUAAUAAAUAGUGCAUACCAAAUAUUAAGUAAUGAAGAAUUGAGAAAAGAAUAUAAUAGUGGUGGACCUUCUAAAAUGAAUAAUAAAAAAUUAAUAGAUCCGUUUGUAUUAUUUAUGUUAUCCUAUAUAUCCAUAAAUAUGAGUGAAUAUGUUGGUAAAUUAAAAAUAGAAUACCUUAUUGAAGAAUCAUUUGAAACAAAUUCAAACUUUUAUGAAUUAUUAUUACCAAAUAAAAUUAUGAAUAAUUAUUUAAAUGUAGAACAAAAAAUAAGAGAAGUUGAAUUAGCUUUAUUAUUAAGAGAUAGAUUAGAAACAUAUUUAGAGGGGGAUGAAAAUUGUAUUGUACCAAUAAAAAAUCAUAUUAAAACAAUACUUGAAUAUUCUUUUUCUUUUUCUAUAAUGAAUUUUGUAGGAUGGUUAUAUGAAUAUUUCUCUAAACUUUAUAUUGGAUAUAAUAUAGAAUUAUCUUUAAUGAAUGACAAUAAAGGAAUAAUGGAAAAUUUGUUUAGAAAUAUAGUUAAAAAGGAAAUGCAUAGAAGUUUAUUAAAUAAAAACUAUGUGAAUAUAACAAAAGAUUCAGAUCAUUUUAUAAUUAUAGAUGAAAAGGACCAUAAUAAUGAAAAUAUCAAAAAUUGUACUGUCUUAUUUAAUCAUAUUAGAUCAAAUAAUGAGAAUAAUAAAAAUUUAGAAGAUAUGACAAGAAACGUACUUAUAUUAAUUAUAUUAGAUAUAAAAUUAGUAAUAAAAAGAGCUGUUGAAAGGGUCUUAUGUGAUAAGGGAGUAAGUCAAUUAACUAGGAAGAAACGAGCAAAGGGUUUGAUAAGUUUGGGGAAGGAAAUACAAAAUUAUACAAAAGAAAUAGGAGACAAGGAUUAUAAGAUUAUAAAUGAGAAUACAAAUAUUUUAGAAAGUAUAAUUGAGGAUAUAAAAAAAUAUAUGGAAAUAGAUAAAAUGAAUUUUUUAAAAGAAAAAGGGAGAAAAGAAAUAGAUAAGAUAUUUUAUUUUGUAGGAAAUAAUAUAUACCGUAAUAAAUUGAAACGUAAUAUAAAUGAAAAAUGCAGACUACUAAAGUUUUUGAAAUAUAUGAUUAAUUCGACGGAAGAAUAA